AUGGAGCCUCAUUCGCGAUUCCUUUCAUCUCAGAUUGGCACGUUGCGUCUUCCACAGGCUCUCAUCCUGCUGCUCAAGUCCGCUCUGGCACAGUCGGCCAAUGAUCAGGGCACACAACGUCUCACCGACCUUACCCUGUGGGACUCUAUAAGACUUUCAAUUUACCGCCUGGUCCUUCACAUCAAUCCCUUCGUGGACCGAGGCAACGUUGCCGCUUCAGCUAUCAUGGGCAUGGUUAAGUUGACGGCUCUAUGCGGCUCUGCUUACUGGGUAUGGGAUCGGCAGAGCAAGAAAGGGAAGAUUGCUCCGUCCAUCAACUCCCAGCAUGUGGAGGACGCCACAAGGGCAGACGAUGCUGUCACCAACGAUCCGGGUCUUUUGAGAAAGCACUCCACCAUGCAGUCCUACUCUGUGGCGUCUAGCAACUUCACGUAUCCUGCUGUCCGGACGUUCUACAGGCCACAUCCUCAGGAAAGCAAGUUCCCUAGAGAGCCCAGCCCUGUGCCUUUACUGGUCUUCAUUCACGGUCUUGGCGGAUCGAUGGCGCAGUUCUAUCCCAUCCUGUUGAGCUUAUCCAACCUCGCUUCGUGUCUGGCGGUCGACCUUCCGGGAUGUGGUCUGUCCUCGUUCCAACCAAAAACCGCUCAGGCGUACACAACCGAUGCACUCGUUCAGCUUCUGGCGACCGUGAUUGAGCAACAUCGUGCCAAGGAUGAGGACCAGACGGUUGUCCUCAUCGGUCACAGUAUGGGAUGCUCUCUUGCUGCACUUCUAGCCUCACCGUCGUCGCCUCAUGCCAGUCUGAUCUCGCAGCACGUCAGUGGACUGAUCGCGAUUUGUCCCAAGGCAGAUCCUCCGACCGAACACCAGACAAAGCUCCUGCAGCGAGUCGCUUCAGUGCCUGCAGUGAUAUUCGAUCUGUACCGAAAGUGGGAUCGACGAGGAGGGGUCAACAGUGCAAGUGUUGCGCGUAUGGCUGGGACAGACGCCGAAGAACAGACAAAGAAGUUGCAGUUGCGCUUCAACCGACAGAGUCGUACGGCUGUAUGGCAGCGCAUGGCACGUGGAAUGUGCCCGGACUAUCUGGCUGAUCCUCCACGGGGUGGUCUUCCAGGGCGCCAAACGUGGAAGGGCUUGCAGAUCCCAGUGUUCCUCACUGCUGGCGAAGCUGACACCGUCACUCCGCCUGAGAAUGUCAAACUCAUUGUCGACUUCCUCGGAAGGGACGUCGGCGCUAUAGAGCCGCCCAGCGAGAAGGCAAGCCUGCCAAUUGCAGCAGCCCCCUUCGACCCGGCCUUGGUAGACCCAGCCUUAGCAGAGCGCAAGCACCAAGACUCCGGCGUCGAUAGCAACGAUAUUCCCAAACUCGAUUCCGACACAAAACCUUCCAGCACGACAGCCGCCUCCACCAUGGCCUCCAGCCUCAUCGAAAUCGAGAGCCGCACCACAGAAUGCAGCGUCGUUAUGUCUAACCCUGCGACCUCAGCACCUCCCUCACAUAACAGGCCCUCGCCCCACCCGCGCCGCCUCGUUGUCAAAACAACAAUCAUGCCCAACCCCGCCGCCCACGCCAUGCUCUUCGCCCCCUCAACGUCGCGCACGCUCUCGGGCCUGAUCGGCAGCUUCCUCGCCGACCACAUCGACCCGCGGCUCUCGCUCGCGUGGCAGCUGCAAUACCUCUCGACCGAGGGAAAAUGGGACGUCAAGAACCUGGAGAAAUGGAGCGCGGUGCGUCCCAUCUCGGAGCCGAUAGCGGGGAUAUUCCGCGCGAUGAAGACGUUGCGCGAGGUCGACGAGUGCCAUAGUCCGAAGUUGGUGGUGCAAGAGUGGAAGGGCAGGAUCAAGGCGGUCGUGGACAUCAGCCACGACAACCCCGUGUACGACCCGCGCGGGCUGCAGGACGGCGGGAUCGAGUACUUCAAGUUCCCGACGGUGAGCAAGCAGCCGCCGCUGCGCGACGAGGUGCGCGCCUUCAUCGAGCUGGUCGAUCGCAUCGAGGCGCACUGCCGCGACGAGGGGAAGCACGGCCUGAUCGGCGUCCAUUGCCACUACGGGUUUAAUCGCACGGGUUUCUUCCUCGUGUGCUAUCUGGUCGAGAGGCUGGGGUGGCGGCUCGAGGAUGCGAUUCAGGAGUUUCAGAGCAGGAGGCCGCCGGGCAUCAGACAUAGCCAUUUCAUCGACGAAUUGCACGUGCGGUACUGCAGCGGGCUGCGGAGGGCGCCGACGUUGUAG